UUACGUAAACAUAACCUAUAAAGCUGCCGACGUCUGCAGAGUGCAGGUGUGCACUGCACUAUACUUGUAAACAAAAAGCGUGUUGUUCCAGCUGUGUGAUUUUUUAACAAACCUUAUGUUACGACAAUUUAGUUAUUAGCAUUUUGACAAAAUAUGGAGGAACAAGACAUUCCCAUUGACAUAAACAGUGGCAAGUUAUUAGAAUGGCUUAUAAACAGAAGACACUGUAUCCGAGAUUGGCAAACUCAUAUUUUAGAAAUAAGGGAAAAAAUUAAUAAUGCCAUACAGGAUAUGCCAGUACAUGAAGAAAUAGCAAAACUACUUUCUGGAACACAUAUUAACUACUUUUAUUGUAAAAAAAUUGUAGAAAUUCUGAAAGAGACUGAGGCUGAUACAAAGAAUCUGUUUGGUCGAUAUGGCUCACAAAGAAUGAAAGACUGGCAAGAAGUUGUUCGUAUGUAUGAAAAAGAUAAUAUCUAUCUUGCUGAAGCAGCUCAAAUGCUUAUAAGAAAUGUCAGCUACGAGGUACCUGGAAUAAAAAAACAGAUACAGAAAUUAGACCAAAUGCAAAAUGAACUAGAAAAAAAAGAAGCCGAAUACAAAAAAACAGAAAAUAUAGCUCAUUCUGAUUUUAAUAAUUUAUGUAAGCAGUUAGGAAUCUCAGGGGUUAAAAUAAAAAAGGAAUUGACAGAGAGGGUAGUAGAGUUACCUGUUAUUUAUAAUAAAAUUGCAAAGAAAGUCAAAGCGUUGGAUAAUGUAGUGGAGUUUUACAGUGCAUUUGUAGAGUUUACUUUAGACAGCAAACACAAUGGAGGUUGCGUUCCUAUUGUUAAAUAUCUUAUUGAUAAAGGCAAUACAACAACUUAUGAAUGGACUUACGGAGAAGCACCUUUAGCCAUAAACGAACCAACUUUAAAUUUCAAUUUAGAUGAUGAAGCAGAUGAGAAUGACCAAAGUAACACAAUUGAUUUUGGUGAUCCAGCAGAUGGAAUAAAUUUCAAUACUCUAGAUCUUGAUGGCGGUGAAAUCGACUUUGGAGGUGAUAUUCAAUUGGAAGAUGCAGGUGGUGAGAUAGAUUGGGGAGGAGUUGCAGGGGAUGCAGCCCCUCCAGUUGAAGCAAUAGACUUUGAAAUAUCAUUGGAAGAGUCUGGCAUAGUCGUAGAAGCAGCUGGGAAUGAUGGAGGAAAUGCGAGUGGAUCACAGGCACUAACAAUUUUAGACAAUCCUGACACACGAAAUGAUUUUAUAAAUCAGCUGUUUGAGCUGGAAGCGUUUUUGAAAUUGAGACUAUAUGAAUUGAAAAGCGAUAAUAACAAGAACUUGUUGAGCAUAAGUCAAAUGCAAGAAUCACCAGUUCUUCAGCUUGCGACAUUAGAAAGUACGCAGAAUAUGCUAGAUAAUGUCCAAGUUGUAAUAUCCGAAAUACUCGACAGUAAAGUUCAACAUUUACAUAAUAUCAAGUACUCUCCACGGUAUGUUGAUGUGCUGGCUGCAAGUUUAAAACAAAAACAAAAGUUAAUUAAAAAGAUGGAAGAACUGCAACAAGCGAUGCGUGACAAGCAAGAAGAAACGAGACAACAGGUUAUUUCCCUUAAACCCGUCCUGAAAUUAAUAAUUCAGAAAACAAAAGAAUUACAAGCCGAAAUUGAAAAAGAUAUUUCUAAAAAAUACAAAAACCGGAAAGUUCAUUUGACAGGUGGAAUCAAUACUUUGUAAAACAAAGGGUGCACGUGGUAAUUUUAUAAGAAAUUUAUAAUAUGUUUAUUGUACAUACAUUUAUAUUAAAAUUAUGAGAUAAUAUAAAAAAGUACUAUAAAAACUGUACUUUCAUUUUAACGAAAUAUACAUAGUUGAUUUGAAUAGAUAA